UCAGUGCGAUCAAUUUGGCUUAGAGGAAUACAACAAAUUAAAAGAUGCGUUUAAUGAAUGGAUGGAAUUGGAUAAGAAAUGCCCUUGUGAAAAAGAACCGCGCCCAUCAUAUAUAACUGAUGAUUGGCUAAAUGUACCUACUGAAUCUCGAAAUAAACGAAGCUUAAAAGAGGACCCUUUGUUAGGAACUCGUGAUGCUGAUGGUUUGGUUCAUGGGUGUGAAGAUGCGGACUUUAUUGGUUUUGAUGACAUAUUGUUUAGCUACGAUGACGUUGUUCAACUUAUUGAAGAUGGAAAAAAAUGUAAAAUUUUAAAUAUGAUUAUUGUACUUGGAUAUUUUCACACCCCAUAA